AUGGCUUCAAGUGCGGUUAGUGCAUCGCAAAAUAAGCUAAAUGAUUUGCUGGAGGCAAUCCGGCAAGAGUUUGCGCAAAUCUCGCAAGAAGCGAACUCCUAUAGAUUGCAGAACCAAAAGGAUUACGAUUUCAAAAUUAAUCAACAGUUGGCUGAGAUGCAACAAAUCAGAAAUACAGUAUACGAACUGGAGCUGACCCAUAGAAAGAUGAAAGAUGCGUAUGAAGAGGAAAUUGGUCGUUUGAAACUCGAGCUUGAGCAGAGAGACAGGCAAAUUGCAACCGUUGCUGCGGCAGCUCAGCAGCAACAGCAGCAACAGCAACAACAGCAGCAACAGCAGCAGCAACGUCCUACGAUUCCGGGAACUGCACAGCAACCUAGCGUUUUGUCUCCAAUGGGGGCCCCCGCUGGUAUGGCUCAUGCUGGACUUUCCUCCGCAACAGGAACAGCUUCUAACCCUAACGUAGCCCCAGCCCAAAGGCCCGCGAUAGAAACCAACAAGUCUCUAAGCUCUUCUGCUGUUGCUCCCGUACCCCCAGCUGCGUCAGUGCCCGUUACGCAGGUAACUUCCCAGGAGACAGCUCAAAGUCCUGUGCAAUCGUCCGGAACGGCCCCUGUUGACACUCAAGAUUCAAAAUCACAGGAAUACUACCUCGUUCCCCCACAUCAACGUGCUAGUCAUGCUAAGCCAAUACCUCCAUUUCUCCUUGACUUAGAUUCGAUGCUAGUUCCAGCUCAUUUGAAAAAACAGACAAACGACUACUAUAUACUCUACAAUCCCGCUCUCCCUCGUGAGCUUGAUGUCGAUUUGCAUGUUUCGCUAGAUCACUCUUCAGUUGUUUGCUGUGUUAGAUUCAGUAAUGACGGUGAAUUUUUGGCUACUGGGUGUAACAAGACCACACAGGUAUACAAGGUUGCUACAGGUGAGCUGGUCGCAAGAUUAUCCGAGGAUGCUGCCACUGUCUCAACCGCUGGUCCUAAUGCAGCUUCAUCUGAUGCAAAUGGUGGAGAUAAGAGUGACUCAACCCCUGCUAUUCCUACUUCAGCUUCCUCUUCCUCUGACCUCUACAUUCGUUCCGUAUGCUUCUCUCCUGAUGGCAAAUUUUUGGCGACUGGUGCAGAGGAUAAGUUAAUCCGUAUUUGGGAUUUAUCCACUAAGAGAAUUGUGAUGACACUUCAAGGCCAUGAACAGGAUAUUUAUUCCCUAGAUUACUUCCCCUCGGGCGACAAACUUGUUUCUGGUUCUGGUGAUAGAACUGUUAGAAUUUGGGAUUUGCGUACUGGCCAAUGCUCAUUAACCUUGUCUAUUGAAGAUGGCGUCACUACAGUUGCCGUAUCUCCUGGUGAAGGUAAAUUCAUAGCGGCUGGUUCCUUGGACAGAACUGUUCGUGUUUGGGAUUCGGAAACUGGGUUCUUGGUUGAAAGGCUUGAUUCUGAAAAUGAGUUAGGUACAGGUCAUAAAGAUUCUGUUUACAGCGUUGUGUUCACAAGAGACGGACAAGGGGUUGUUUCAGGCUCAUUGGAUAGAACCGUAAAGUUGUGGAAUCUGCGUAGCGCGAAUGGUAGUGCUAAUGACGGAAAGCCCAACACAGCAACCAGCGAAGUUACAUAUACUGGGCACAAAGAUUUUGUGUUGUCUGUUGCUACAACUCAAAAUGAUGAGUAUAUAUUAUCUGGUUCCAAAGACCGUGGUGUACUAUUUUGGGACACACCCUCUGGAAAUCCUAUUCUAAUGUUACAGGGGCAUAGAAACUCUGUAAUAUCUGUUGCUGUGGCCAAUGGUCACCCAUUAGGUCCAGAGUAUGGUGUUUUUGCUACUGGCAGUGGUGACUGCAAGGCAAGAAUUUGGAAAUACACCAAACAAAGCUCAACUGAGCCUAAAAUUAGGGAAGUAAAAGAAUGA